AUGAUGAUGCGCCGUUUGAUGAUUACCCCGCCAGUCGCUCGCCGCGUGGCCGCUGCGGUCCCCUUGUCCACCUCACUGGUGGUGCGUAGGGCGUCGACCGUCGCCAUUUCCGUGCAGGGCCUGCAUUACGUUGGCACGGGACUUGCCGCCAUCGCACUUGCGGGUGUCGGCCUUGGCAUUGGCACCAUCUUCGGCAACCUGUUGGUGGCCUGUGCACGGCAGCCAAAUCUGACGAAGAUGUUGUUUAACUACGCCAUUCUUGGAUUUGCCCUGACGGAAGCUAUCGGUCUCUUCGCACUCAUGCUUGCCUUCCUGAUGCUCUUCUCGUAG